UGUUAUCUGAAACUAAUCAGGUGGAUACGCGAAGAACCAAGAAAUGUCAAGUCGCUGUUUGCUUAAAUGAUGUUAAGUAUUCGUCGUCUUUGGCGGAGCCAUCCUUGUAAGUCAUCAUCAGCAUAAGAUCCAAGUCAUGGAAAUAAAUGCUUCAAGUGGACCAGUGGCUGAUAGCAAUGACUCUAACAGUAAGGGCCCCCUGUCUGGGUUAAAGAAUUAUGGAAAAGCAGACAAUAGCACGCAUCCUGGUAUGAAGGAUAUUCACCCAGAAGACAUUCAUUCAAACCCUGAUGUGCAUAUUACAGCAGGAAAUGCCUCACAUGCUGGUAUAAAAGCCGAGUCUAAUGUUAGCACAGUGAAUGACAGCAUGUUGGAAUCACAUGGAGAAAGCGGGUACCUGACUGAUUCUAUGAUAUCUGGGUAUGAAAAAACUACUUUGGGCUCAGAUACUAGUAGCAAAUCGGAGGCUGAUAUUACCCCAUGUGGAGAGAACCUAAUGGUGUUUAGUGAUUCAAGUUCUAACAACAGCCUUAUUAGUCCAGAGAAAACUAUUGGAGAUGCUCAAGAGGGGUCGUUAGCAGAGAGCUCCAGUUCUACGUAUACAAAUAGUGAAAGUGACAAACUUGACCGAUUUGGUCAAAUGGCGAUCAUGGCUUCAAUAGGGAUUAAUGAUAUUGAGUCAUUAGAUAAAAUUAUUUCUUCUAAUUCCAUUCCAGCUAGGCCUGAAUCCCUUACUUUUACAAACAAUGAUAAUGGUGAUUCUGGUAUUGCCAAAACCAGAAGUUACAAUGAUUAUGGUGACUCUCCAAGCAUGAGCAAUUCAGAAGGUCGAAAGAGAAGUAAAAGCUCUGCAUUCCCAAUUCCCAGGCUGAAGGAAGGUGUUCACAUUUCAGAGGAGUUGUUAUCAAAGAGUUUGCCUCAUGGAAAGGUUAUACAGCUUCAAACCGGGAUGAUUGAGUUCAUAGCUGAUGAUCUAAUAGAGAAAAUCAAAAUGAGCAGUCCAAUGUCCAAAACUGCCAGUGAAGUGAGCAGCAGUAGACGCUCCAGUGACCUCAGCAUUACCAGCAUGGACAGCAUGGCCUCCAGCUCCCUGGCAACCUCCAUGACAUCUGGAAGGUCAAGGUCCUCCUACCCACAGAGCCCAGACUGCAUGCCGCCCAUUGACCCCAUAGCAGUGCAUGAGAUAGAAAACCAUGCCCGCAUGGUGGCGGAAAACGUAGACCAGAUGAUGACCAAUCUUAGGGAGAAUUUGCACAAGAUGUCAGCCAUCAGUGUAGGGUGUGAGGAGGCAUACAAAACCUCAGUUGACUUCACCUGUGAUUCUGUUGACUCGAGUAUCAAAUCCAUGUAUGCCUUGAUGGCCAAGUGUGAGGAGCUGUCAAAGUCCAUGCAGCCUGUGUACAAGCUGAACGAUCAAAUUAAAGAUAUCAAACGACUUUUGGACAAGCUGGAAGAAAAGUUAGCUGAAAAACCAACGUAGCCUCACAGAGGAAGCUGCACAGUCCUUCAGCACUUAUUGUUGAAAUACAAGAGUCAAUUAUUUUCUUAUUUUCCAUUGAUAUUGUUUAUAUGUAUUAUGUUACUCUUUUGGAAGCAUUAAUCAAACACUGUGAAAGCCAAACAUACCCGUCUUUAUACAAAUUAAUUAUAAUUUAUGUUUCUAUGCUGGUUUUCUACAUUUAUAGGUUUUUAAACAUGUGAAUGAGGAAACAAUAAAAUUAUCUGUCUACAUAUUUAAAUUAUAUUUUUAAUCAGUAUAAUUAUAAUGUACAUGACGUUAUAUACAACCUCUAGAUGUAAAGAAGGUACCGGUAAUCCUUUCUUUAUAUAAGUGUUGUCUACAUAAUUAAAUUAUAUUUUUAAGCAGUAUAAUUGGUAUGUACAUGACAUAGUAUUCAACUUCUUCCUAUAAACAAGGAACUGGUAAUUUGUUUCAUAAGUGUUGAUAUUUAAGCAAGCAUGUGAUAAAAACAUGCUUUCUUUCGUUUUAACAAUAAAUAAGUGUUGUUUUUAAUUUGAGAAUUGUUGAUUCUACUGGAGGAAAUACAUGUGCACAUUGGAUGCAAACGUUUUCCAGUUGGUUGCAAUUGUUUUAAAAAGUGUCUCUUGUUAUGUCUCCUUAAUGACAUAAUACUUUAUAAAAUUGAUGCCUGAAUAAUGGUCAGAAUGUACUGCACAUGUUUAAUUCCUGCAAUGAAUUAUUAAGCUUAUACAUUUGGUGGAAGAAUUUAAAUAAUUUGCUCCUAAUCAAAUGUCAUAUAUACUGGAGUUCGAAGACAUAUCUGUAGUUCAUAGCAUCAAUUUUGGCGUACAGUUGGUUGUAGGUGGUUAGUUGUGGACCAAUAUAAUAUAUUACAUGUAUCUAUUUCAUUAGUUUAUAUAUUUAUUCAGUCAAGAGUGUUGUUAUUUUUGCUGAUAAAUCCUGUCAGUUUGUUCAUGGUUUAAAUUGUGAAGAUAUUUAUAAAACAGUUCAUAAUUAUUUUUAAGUCUUUUAUAAUAUUUUACCUUGCUUAAAACAACAAUAGUUUUACAAAAAUGAGAGUACAAUUUCAAGUUAAAGAAUCUGGUAUUGAGUUUGAAAUGCUGAAAUAUGUAAAGAAUAUGUGUUCUUAAGGACAAAGUGAGGAACCUAAUUGAAUAACUGUUGUUAUGUUAUUUUCUUAAAAGUUUGAUGCUUAACCGUGCAAUACAGUAAUGUGUUUUGUUGUUGUAAUUUUCACAUCAUUAAUGAUGUACCGGUAGCUAUGUUUGUUAAUUGAUAGAUAUUCAUCAUUUCUUGUGCACAUUAUUUAAUGUCCGUUUUUCAGUUAGUUUAACAUAAUUUGUUUGUAUGUUAAUUGUUCUGUAUAACUAAUAAUGCUAAUCAUAAAAUCUAAAUCACAUCAAGUGAUGGUUAGAUACAAUUUUUAAGUACAACUUCUUGAGUUAUGUUGCCAAAUUUUUGAAGAUUUUACCCCAGUUUAUUUAUGGGGCGUUGUUGUCCGCCACACGUUUUUAUGCCCCCGGUAGGGUGGCAUAUAGCAGUUCAACUGUCCGCCCGUUUGUCCGAAAACUUUAACAUCGGCCAUAACUUUUGCAAUAUUGAAGAAAGCAACUUGUGUAUCUCAAGAAGAUGCACAUUUUGAGUGGUGAAAGGUCAAGGUCAUCCUUCAAGGUCAAAAGUCAAAAAAUACAAUCCAAGGGAAGUAAUAAGCUUUAAAAGGGAGAUAAUUUCUAAACCUGCCAAAUGAUAUAUUGACAUUUCAUUUCAAAGCAGCGCAAUAGGGGGCAUUGUGUUUCUGACAAACACAUCUGUUGUUUUCUGGUAGUUUUCUUUCACAAAGAUUCUGUUGAGCAUUUAUGCCUAAUAUCAGUAUUUUUGCAAUUUUUUAUCAGGUAAAUAGACAAAUAAUAAAAAUAAAAAUAAAAAGCAUUGAUCAUUUAUAGAUAGCACAAAUGAAAUUUAGAUCCAUUAGUACCACAGAAAAAAAUCAAUUCUUGUAAAACAGACUAUUUAAAUGCAAACAAAUGCAUACCUAUGAGAAUAUGAAUAUUGAUUCCCACCUUUUUAUUGCUUAUUUCACUUACUAAGGCGAUGUUAAAACAGAUUAGAUUUUACAAACCCUCUAUAUGUUAUUUUUAUGUCCCCCACCACUAUAGUGGGGGACAUAUUGUUUUUGCUCUGACUGUUGGUCUGUUUGUUUGCUCAAACUUUAACAUUUUGCCAUAACUUUUGCAAUAUUGAAGAUAGCAACUUCAUAUUUGGCAUGCAUGUGUAUCUCAUGGAGCUGCACAUUUUGAGUGGUGAAAGGUCAAGGUCAUCCUUCAAGGUCAAAGGUCAACAAAAAAAUCAAAGCGGCGCAGAAGGGGACAUAGUGUUUCUGACAAACACAUUUCUUGUUUGGUAUGUGUUAUGUUCAGGUGUGUGUACUAAUAUUAUAUGUUUGUUAUUUUUGAAUAAGUGGACAUAACGUGUACGGCAAACUGUCGUAUCUCCUUCUUUAUUUAAUAUGAGUUACGACAGUCUUCCGUUCACCCCUCGGUAUGUAUCUUUAAUGUUAGAUCAAACUGUUGAGAUUUUUUUUAAAUAUAUUUGUUAUUGUUGUAACAGUGUAUUAAUGAAUUAAUUAUUUGUUUUCAUAGACUUAUCAGCCGCUGCCAAGGCUGCUUUUAUAUUUGAAUAAAUCAUUAAAUAGUAA